CAAACAGGUGCGCGUUUGAAGAGACGCCGCUUGAUCUUUUGCAAAAUAACUAACUUUUUCAUUUUGGGAAAGGGAUGAAGACUUAACUUAAAAAGCAGACCAUGUCUGAAAAAGGUUCAAGAACUGGGACCCCAAAGGGUUCCUUGAAAGGUUCAAAGGCAGGUACGCCUAGAAGCUCAAAAGCUAACACUCCCAAGGGGUCCAAGAGUAACACUCCCUUGCCAGACCAGCCAGCCGAUCCUGCAGCCGGGGCUUCAAAUGGGACAGCUGACCCAGAACAAGUGAAUGGGACAGCCGGUGAAGUAGAGCCUCCACUUGUAACUGAGAAUGGAGGAGCAGCAGAAGAUACAGCUCCUCAGCAGGAAGCUGAGGAAAAUCAGGAGCCGGAGGAGUUCAAACCUAGGGUGUCUGAUAUGAUCAAAUCAAGGGCAGCAGUAGCUAAUGCAAAUGAGGAAAGUGACAUUUGGACAGAAGCACACAAUGAAAUCAUCCAGAAGUUCAUUGACGACCCUGCGUUCAAGCUAAUCAUCGCUUUCCAAGAUCCACGCCUGGGAUUUGUUGUGGAUCAGAUAGUCCCGCCACACCCGCCAGAGCAGAUGGUGUACUUCAUCAAGGCUGACAAUGUCAAAGAUGGAGUGACCUUUGAGAAUUUCUUCAAGGUUGUGCAAUAUGGGUCGGUGAAGAGCAUGCAUAUCGAGAGUUUGUUGAGGGUGAUGAUGGGCAUCUAUGCUCCAAUUUUCUUUGAAAACACUUCAUGGCCAGACAGCAUAAAGAAUGAUUUCUCAGCCCAGCUUCACAGGUUUCUGGCCACGUUGACUGACACAAGAUGGAAGAUGGAGGGCAAGACGGUGCUCUAUAUUCCCACGGAGGGGACCAAGAUUCCGGCAGAGGAGGCUGCAAAGAACAAGGACUUAGUGCAGAGACUGGAGACUGCCAUGAUUCACUGGGCAAGACAGAUCAAAGAGGUUCUCAACACACAAGAUGCCUUUGAGAUGGCCGAGACCUCAGGCCCUCUUGAUGAGAUUGAGUUCUGGAAGAACCGGUGCCAGGAUCUGUCUGGAAUCAGCUCCCAGCUGGACAAACCUGGUGUGAAGAAGAUUGAACUGGUCCUGGAGACUGCCAAGUCCUCCUAUGUUGCUCCCUUCAGGAAGCUGGCUAGCCAGAUCAAGGAAGGAUCACGUCAAGCAGAGAGUAACCUCAAGUUCCUGCUGGUCCUGAAAGACCCAUGCUAUGAGUUGGCUGACGCCAAACCGUCCCAGAUUCCCGCCAUGAUCCCCAAAAUUCUCAACCUCAUCCGUAUGAUCUGGGUGAACUCAGAGUUCUAUAAGACCAGGGAGAGGCUGACAGGGAUUCUGAAAAAGCUGAGUAAUGAGAUUAUCCGACGUUGCUGUAGGGAAAUCAACUUGGAGAAGAUAUUUGACGGCUAUGUUCAGAGCGGUAUGAAGUCCCUUAAUGAAUGUAUUGAGUGCUGUGAAUCCUGGAAGGAGAUAUAUAACAAGACUGCCAAGCUACACCACAAGUUCUCCCAGAUGGGCUGGGUUCUGGACAAGAGCAGCAUAUUUGCCCAGGUGGACGCCUUUGUGCAGAGAUGCAAGGACCUACUUGAGGUGUGCCAAGCCCAGAUCCACUUUGCAAGGCGUGAGGAAGGCGAAAAGACUGAUAUGCCACACUUUGCGGGUCAGAAGGGCCCAGAGAUAAUGAGGGGUCUCUUGGAGAUUGAAACGACUUUCGAGAAAAAUCUCGCUAAUCUUCGACAUGUGAAGAAAACUAUCCUUGAUGUGAAAGCUACGUCAUGGCAUGAUGACUAUAAUAGGUUCCGUGCGGGCGUCAAGGACCUAGAGGUGAUGAUGCAGAAUGUGAUCUCGUCAGCGUUUGAGACAAUCACGACUGUGGAGGCCGGAGUGGAGCUGCUUGAUAUCUUCAUGCACCUGUCAGGCAGAGAGGCAAUCAAGCGUACCAUAGACAAGAAGACAGUGGAUGUGUACGCCAUGUUUAAUGAGGAGUUGAACGCAGUGAAGAAGGAACUAACACAGAAGAGUAUCCCACAGUCCCCCUCACACCCACGGUUUGCUGGUCAGGCACUCUGGGCUCGGCAGCUUAAGAGACGCAUUGAACGUAGCAUGGGGUCGCUAGACAGAGCUUUCUUCCUGCCCAUCAUAGGUUCUGGCAAGGAAGUUAUGACCCAGUAUCAGCAAUUAUGUAUGGCCCUCGAUGAAUACAUUAGGAAGACCUUCCAUGAAUGGACUCUUACCAUUGAAAAGCUGCACUUGUUAAAAGAGGUUGUCAGGGGUCUAUCUGGAGACCAUGCCUGUUUGUAA